CAACGCUGAUUGGAACGCGCGAAAGAAUUGGCCGAGCUAAACCCGGUCCGAACGGAGGAUAUUUUCUUGAAUCGAUCUUGGCGAUUCGAGACCGUUAACUGGGAAUCUCGGCAUGCUCGAAAGCGAUUCCCGCGGAUAAACAAGUUCACCGAGUAACGCUUGUCGCUGCAGUCGAUCGAAGCUAGAAUGUGCUUAGAAGUUGGUAUUACGAGACAAACUCGUUUCGAAUGUAAUCGGUUGCACGGAACACAACGAUGGGCCGUUGCUGCGACGAACGAGUUUCGCUUUGCUGCUUUCGUCGUGAAAUUUAAGGGAGUCGGUCGACUCCGGCAAAUCGCAUAAUUCCUUCGAACCGAGGGGACACGCCUCGACGACGUCGAAGCGUACCACGAGGAGCCUUCUCCGGGCUUUCGGGCGCGUCGAACGAAUUACCGUACGCGCAGCUCGAAGCAAGAGCAAAGGAGGAAAGGGAGAAUGGGAGACGCUCCGUCGAAUACACGCGCAUAAACAUUGCGAUCGUGUCGCGAUCAAAAUCCGUAGGAUCCGCCUUCGUCCACGGCCGGCUAAUCCUUCGUCGGGGAAACAACUUGAGAUCGCUCGCAAUUUAGUCGGCCGAACGAAACGGACGAUAGACGGACGGACGCGAUUACGCUAAGAUCGCUAUUUAUCCGUGUACGCGUGUACGUUCGUUCGUCGAGCCAUUGCUGCCGGCUCGAGAAUCGAGAAUCGAGAAUCGGGAGAUCGAGACGGUGGACGACGUUUCGAGGUGUCGUCGUAUCGAGACGCGAGAGACCCGUUCGUCGAUCCGAUCGCGAGAACUUGCCGAUCUCGGAGGCUGGCGUCGCGCGAAAGAAAGAUGACGGCAGGGCCAGCAGCGAGGAUAAACGGUACGAAACGCUCGAGAAUCGAGCACCCCGUCGAAUGACUGUGCGGGUGGUGCCGAAGGCGGACGAUAACGAGCGUCGGAUCCGCGAUGCCUGCGAUAAAGACGAUCGCGACAGUGUUUCGGGAAUCGUCGCGUGGAUAAGUAGACACGGACUGGCUUGGGAAUGGUGCGGAAGUAGGUUUCCUUUCUUCCUGCUUUUGCCGGAGAAGUGGCGUACAAGUGGCGCAGAAGAGAACGAUGAUGUCUAGACAAAGCAAAGACCCCGUGCAGAAGUGCCACUCGGACCCAGGUGCUGUAAGUACCGCCGGUACUCCUUGCAGCCCUGGUAAGCGAAUUUCCCGCAGACUUGUACCAGGCAUUCCGAGCUCCUCCAACACACGCAAGUGUGUUCUCACCUUGGACGGCUAUAGCUACGUGAUCGUUGCAUCUCCGCCGGAUCGCAGAGUUACGAAAGAUGAUAUCGCAGUGUCCUCGCCCGGUGCAUCUCCGAACGUUAACGCCACUACGAGCUGCACUGGUACAGCAUCCCCUCGAUCGCACAAUCCCUCCUCGCCUGGUCGCAAUGGCCAACUACCAAAACAAGGCACGCUAACGAUAGUACGCCGAAGUUCUGGCAAGAAUAAAAAUAUCGGCGGAAGUUUCGAAGGAUCUCCGCCACCGCUCAGCCCUGACACUCUUUCGUCCAGCCAGUCCGUCGAUCUCGAUGAGAUUCUUGAUAAUGUCGAUUUAACGACAGACACGCUUCCUGCCGUUGACACCCCCGAUGCUUGCGACAAAGCUGCCCUCAGAUUGAGGUGCUUACUGAGGCAGCUUCAACACGGUGAAAUAUCAGCAGAAUUACUUCAACGAAACUUACACUAUGCAGCACGCGUGCUCGAAGCUGUCUUUCUCGAUGAAACCAAGGUGAAUUCAGGCGGGGUUGAGUGCUCUCGGUCAUCGCGUAGGGAUGCGGGCCUGUCAUCUGCAUCCCUUGGAAGCGCCUUGGACUCGGACGGACCACAGGGCCAUGCGGUGGUAACCCAGAAACGGAAGCUUCGCACCCCCGUAUGGGCAAGAGACACCGAGCGUGCGGAGUCAGCUGCUACUUGCCGACAGGGUGUACGCCGUAGACGGCUGGCCGACGAAGACGAUGAACUGUCCGAAGUUCAACCAGACGCGGUGCCCCCGGAAGUGCGGGAAUGGCUCGCCUCGACCUUCACGAGGCAGCUCGCGACCACCAGACGGAAGGCCGACGAGAAGCCCAAGUUCCGUUCGGUGGCACACGCUAUCAGGGCUGGGAUUUUCGUCGAUCGGAUUUACAGGCGGGUAACCAGCACCGCGAUGAUGCAGUUCCCGCAGGAAGUGGUUAAAGUACUUAAGACUCUGGACGACUGGUCCUUCGACGUGUUUUCCUUGAGCGAAGCCGCGAUGGGAGCUCCGGUGAAGUAUCUCGGCUAUGAUCUACUCAAUCGAUACGGUAUGAUCCACAAAUUCAAAGUGCCGCCCGCGGUGUUGGAAUGCUUUUUGGGAAGAGUCGAAGAGGGUUAUUGCAGGCACCGGAACCCGUACCACAAUAAUCUCCAUGCUGCAGACGUCGCCCAGACGAUGCAUUACAUCUUGUGUCAAACAGGUCUCAUGAAUUGGCUGACCGACUUGGAGAUUUUCGCUACCCUGGUGGCGGCGCUUAUUCACGAUUACGAGCACACUGGGACCACAAACAAUUUCCACGUAAUGUCCGGCAGCGAUACAGCGCUCCUCUACAAUGACCGGGCUGUACUAGAAAAUCACCACAUCUCCGCAAGCUUCCGGAUAUUGAAAGAAGACGAAUGCAACAUAUUACAGAAUUUGUCGAGGGAGGAGUUCCGAGAAUUUCGUUCGCUCGUCAUCGACAUGGUUCUUGCAACCGACAUGAGUUUUCAUUUCCAACAAUUAAAGAAUAUGAAGAAUAUUCUAAGCCUGGCGGAACCUAGCGUCGACAAAAGCAAAGCGGUCAGCCUCGUCCUCCAUUGUUGCGACAUCUCGCAUCCAGCCAAAAGAUGGGACCUUCACCAUAGAUGGACUAUGCAACUCUUGGAAGAGUUCUUCCGUCAAGGCGACAAGGAGCGGGCGCUAGGAUUGCCAUUUUCACCGCUGUGCGAUCGUAACAAUACUCUGGUUGCAGAAUCGCAAAUAGGAUUCAUCGAGUUUAUCGUCGAACCCAGUAUGCAGGUGUGCAGCGACAUGUUGGAGACGGUUCUCGCACCGUUGAGCGCCAAGGAGAGCGUGGACGAAGCUAAUAACGGAUCGAACCCAGAAGCCAGACGAUUCAAGGUUGGAAAGCCUUGGAUUCCUUGUCUAGCAGAGAACAAGAGAAUUUGGAAGGAGCAAGCUGUCCGGGAUGCCGAAGCGAGAGCACAGAAAGAACAAGAACAGAAAGCGAAUGACAACCGCGAGGACGGUGACACGGCUCAGCAAACAGCGCCUGAGGAAUGAAAAAUCCGGCGAGCCGUUCAGUUUUUCAAGAACAUAUGUAAUUUUAGGCUACGAAGCGGUUCGUGAUCACGCAGGAAGUAAUUCGGUAACACGAAGUAGCCGUAACGCGUGUCUCAAAAGGAUACCGCGAUCCCUUUCCCGAUGCUCGAGCGAACGUCGAAGAUCGAGCGUACGAUUAAGAAUCCGACCACGACUUAUUUAUACUCUUUGUUUACCACUAUCCUGUUUCACCGUGUAUCGUUCCAUCGAUCUCGCUAUUGUAAUUGCGCCCAACUUUUUCAUCGCUCGAACUCGUUCGAAACCGAUGUAUGUACUAUGUAUCUUCGCGUGUCCGAUCGGUAACUCUCAUAGACGAAAACGUUCCUCGACGAUUAGCAAAAUUAGCAAACCGAUGCGCACGACAGCAUCGUAAUUUCCGAUGCUUCACUUUCCGCGAUCGCGCAAUGCUUUUGCGGAUUUGUACAUACAUAUAGGCUUUCCGGUUUUUCUUACGCUUCGUUGACGAAAUAGGCGCGUUCAUUUCUAAUCCGCUACGAAAUCAAUGCCUUCGCUGCGACGCAAACAUUUCGUCCAGAACUCGUGCUAAUGGCAAUAGCUUGUUAAUCACCAUAGCGUUCGCGUCCACCGAUAUUCGAUGCAAAUCGUAAGAUUUACAAUUUGUAGAACAAGCUCGUUGACCUCGUGCAUUUUUCUUCUUCCUUAGUUACAGCCUCCUUUUCGAAAAUAUGUGUAUCUCGCGAUUACUAUCCACCACAUUUCCGACAGUUAAAUAUCAACGAGUCAGAAUGCUGUCGUGUGUAUGUGGGCGUGUGUGUGUGUUAGAACUAAAUAGGGCACCCUAAAUGCGAAUAAAUAAUUACCUCCGACUUUAAUUUUUCAAUAAAUGUCUCGAGAGCUGUUUUCACUUUCACGCGAAAGCAAUGGAUAAAAUAGUAUAAUUACUCGGUUGGAACUGCUUACUAUUACGUAAAAUACUGAAACGGUUAAAGCUGUUCGGGGAAAAAAUGUUGGUCGCAGAGACGUUGAUUUCUCGUUGUUAGCUUAUUUCAGCAUUUCGAAUAGCUACAUGUUACUGCGUACAUAACUAUUAUCAAAAGAUAGAAAAAUAGUUUGCCGGACUCCUAAACGUAACCGUAGCCUAAAGUUACCAAUCUACUGUAGACAGAACAACAGAAGAGAAGAGAAGAGAAGAGAAGAGGGAAGAGAAGAGAAGAGAAGAGAAGAGAAGAGAAGAGAA